UGACUCACAGAUGUUCUAAACACAUAAGCGGCAAAAAAAAACAAAUAAAAAAUCUUUUUUAGAAAAAUUUUUGUUUGUGCAAUAUUUACUUGUAGAUUAGAAAAUGGACAAAAAGAAGAUUAAAAAAUCUUCAGAAGAACAAAGUGAUGAAGAAAGCGAACAGGAUAAGAAAAACUUAGAAAAAGAAAUUGGAGGUUCGCGAUCUUGUUUAGCUGUUGAAUCAACUGUUCAAGAAAAAAAUCUUGUAAAGCCAUCACCUCCAAAGAGAAAGAGACUUAGUGAGGAUGAUAAAGCACCUUCAACUAGUUCAACUUCCAGAAUGCUUGCUAAAUGUAAAAUUUCUGAUGAUAACUUAAAUCCGGUUAAUGGUUGUCUAGAAAUAACAAUGAUUACUUCUGGCUGGUUUGUUGGAAUUGAAGGUGCUCGAACCGAAUACUUGAAGUCACUAAUUGGAACAUUGAAGCACCUGAAGAUUCAACAGCUUCCAUACGAUUUUGAUGGCGGAGAGGUCCUGAAAUACAUAAUUGAGGAUAUGAAGUUGGAGACUUUUUACUAUGGAGACAUCCCAUUAAUUCUCAAUGGACAAAAGCAGGAUGUUAAAGAAUUCUCUGCAUCUGAGACACAAAUAACCAGUGCCAUAGAAAUGAUAAGACAGUUCUCAUCAAUUAGAAAGAUAACUCUCUACAUUUCAGCAACAGACAUCUCUAGUGAAGACAUAGAAGAAGCCAUUAAUUCACUUCCAAUGACAACCAAUAAUAUUGAGGAGUUUACAGUAAUUGACACUAGUCGUGGAUCAUUUGGUGUGUUUAGAGGACUUUUUAAGCAUCUAGUCAACCUUAAAAUGCUCACAUUAAUUACAAAUGAUAGAUGCAUCAAUACAAUCCUCAAAGGUUUUCCAAUCAUGCCUGAUUUAAAAGAAAUUCAGCUCUCAUCAACAGCACCAAAUGCAUUAGAUAGAUAUGAGACAAUCAAAAUCUUUGCUCCACAUCUUGAAAUUAUAAAGGUUGUAAAGAGCUGUGCUAACGAUGCAUACAUCAGUUUUGGAGGAAACAUUCAAGUCUCUGUGCUAGACGAUGCCAAUGCACCAGGCGGCUCUCAAAUUCAAAGACCAAAUGAAGGAGAACGAAACAGAGAAAGUGGAGAUGAGACAGGCGAUGGGGAUGGUAAUAAGGACGAAGAAAGUGGAGCAGGAUCUUCACCACAAGCCACACCAUCCAAAUAUCCUGAAAUUACAAUCCAGGAUCGAGAUUUUCCAAUUCGAUCAUCAUUUGCAGGUGCUAAUAUUUAUGACGUCAGAAAAUUAUACGUACACGCAUGUGGACAUGCCAAAAAUAUUAUUAAUGAUAAAAAUUAUAAUGAGCUUAACAACUUGAUUGCUAACGAUGAAUUUGAAAACUAUUUGACUGUAUUUAAUGUUGAAGAAGGAAAAUUUGUGUUUGAGUUUGGUGCUGGUCGAGAUGACUAUCCAAAUCAAUUAAGAGCAAAGAUGGACAAACUUGCAUAUCAGUUGAAUGAUGAGGUUCAACUAGCUUUAUUGACAUUGUCAAGCAAUCCACGAGUCAUAAUAAAACUUUACAUUGAUAAGGAUUGGAAUGACUUUUUGACUGCUGUGCCUUGCUAUAACAAUCCCAUCAGCUCCUCAUUAUGGAAAAAAGAUGACAACUCACCUCCUGGAUCUUUCAUCAUUCUAGUAGAUGCAUUGAGUUAUUAUCAAAUUAGAGAACGAGGAAGUCAGCUUAACAUCAACGGUUUAAAAUAUGAAAUUAAGGUCGAAAUCAAUCCAUUUGAAAUUGACGUAGCAGCUCUUGAAGCUCACAAUAUUUAAUUUAUUUUUAAACCGUGUUGCAAAAAGAAUUAAUAACUAAUUCAUGCAAAUUUUUUACUUAAUAAAUGAUUGAUAUUUUUGGUUCA